AGUGUGUGCCCAUUGUGUUAGCACAGUGAGCUGGAAGGCCUUUGGUAUAGGAACAAAGGAGAGUUGUCGCUAACCGUCAACAAUACUCUUCAAACAUGGCGUCUACAACUUUCCUCACGAUGGGUUCCAGUACAUCAAACACAACGCAGGAUGACGACACAAGCUGGCGAGGGAACGUCUCAGAACCCUAUAUGGACCAAAAUGAAACAGGAGAAAUAGAUACACUAUACGACGUGCCGACAGGCAUGAUAGUCCUAUUAUCGUUCCUGUACGGGUCGAUUUCGGUGCUCGCUGUGGUGGGAAAUUUCCUCGUCUUGUGGGUGGUAGCCACAUCCCGUAGAAUGCAGAGCGUUACCAACUGCUUUAUAGCCAACUUGGCAUUGGCUGACAUUGUUAUAGGAUUGUUUGCAGUUCCAUUUCAAUUUCAAGCAGCACUACUUCAACGGUGGUUGCUACCCCACUUCAUGUGCGCAUUCUGCCCGUUCGUGCAAGCCCUCAGCGUGAACGUCAGCGUGUUCACCCUAACUGCCAUAGCCUUGGAUCGACACCGAGCCAUCAUUACACCCUUGAGUGCACAUACGUCGAAGCGCAUAGCGAAAGUGAUCAUUGUAUUUAUAUGGAUUCUUGCGCUGUCCCUGGCAGCCCCCAUGGCAAUGUCAUGGGAAGUUGUUACUAUGACGUAUUAUGUCAUCGAUGAAGUGGAUCCAGCGUCCAAAACAUAUUACAAGAAACCGUUUUGCACUGCAAGUGAAUUUGGAACACAUUCUUUGGCAAUAUACAGGCUGUUAUUGUAUAUAUUUCAGUAUGUGAUACCAUUAUGCGUGAUAACGUUUGCGUACGCGCACUUGGCGAUGAAGCUGUGGGGAGCGAGGGCACCGGGCAAUGCGCAGGAGUUGCGCGACGCCAAUCAUAUGAAAAACAAGAAAAAGGUUAUAAAGAUGCUCGUGCUCGUGGUAGCACUAUUUGCGCUGUGUUGGCUUCCUCUACAAAGCUACAUGCUACUACAGUCCUUCUUACCUUUAAUAAAUGAGUACAGAUACAUAAACGUGAUCUUCUUUUGUUUCGACUGGCUGGCCAUGAGCAACUCGUGCUACAAUCCCUUCAUCUACGCUAUUUACAAUGAAAAAUUUAAGAAAGAAUUUAAGCAGCGUUUUACCUUCGGCCAGAAACCCAACAGAUUUGCAAACGACAGCUUCGACGAUGGCCUGUCAUACCGGACUCGUGUGUUAUCAUUUCGUUCGACCAACGACAGGAGCGCGUUCAACAGAAAAUCGAUUAAUUUGCCCGUCGAUCAUUUGAAACCCUUAAACAAGAACUCCUGUCAAUGUGUACGAAUACAGAACAACUUCCGAGAAAAUGGGUUUCGAUCAUCAAAAAACGAUGAGCUGAAUAAUCAAAAGAUUGGAAAACGAAACGUGAAUAUUCUAAUCGACAAAAGAGACGUUAGUAAAAGGAGAACAUUAGGAAAUCGCCCUGUUUGUGACGACGACAUGCCCAUUGGCGACGAGCGUGUUAGUGAAUUAUACAUUUUCCCUAAUAGUAACAUAGUAGAAUUUAAAAAUAUAUCCUACGAUGAAAAAGUGUAAACUUAUAUACCUAUAUAUUUAUAUAC